GGCCAGAGCACCAGGUGGCUAAUCAUUGUGUAGCGCUAUCAUGGCUACAACACCCUCAGGUCAACGACCGAGAUUCAAUCCUUCGCCAUGUGAUGUUCACCCGCUGCAUCAUGAUGUACCUCCACUGCGCGAUUCAGAUUCCAAUGAUUCCAAUCCUUUGCACUUCAAAUUCCAAUCGUUGGUUAGCUGUCCUGCAGAUGUCCCGCUUGAAUUGUUCGAGACAGCUGUGUCGCAAUUGAUUCAUCACCCGGAGUACAACUCGACACUGAUCUUGCGCUCAGAGACCAUCUCAGACUCCGAUACCACCAUCCCUUCGGCUGCUCCACGUCUGGAAGGAUACUGCCCCGUGCGCAAUGUCCAUCGCAAGCUGCUACCGCGUAGGCCAGGUCGAGACUCGGGACUAGAGCAACACUGUACGCUUUACGCCUUGGAAACUGGUGAAUUCGCAGGCCUUCCAUCCAUGUUGGUCCUUACACCACUUGUACCCGAAGGAGAGAGCUUACCCUACUACCAUCCUACGGUGUCACAUCUUGCUUUCCGAUUCAUCCCUUCCAACAUCACCACGACCUCAGAUUCAACCUCUGCACAACCGGCACUGCGCAUUGAAGUUACUCCGCUCCCAGGCACGCCUACCGACCUCAACAGUCGUCUCUACCGCACGGCACUUGCACUCCUUGACACACUCCACCGUUAUUUAUGGGGAACACUCACCCAUUACCAGAAACGCGUACAACAUGACGUCCUUAUACCCCGAGAAGUAUAUCAAGACGUAUAUCUCAAAAUGCGCGAGCGUCAUAAAGGGAUAGUCAAUACAUGGAAGGAGAGCACCGAUCCUCUGAAACAUGUGUUCGAGGACAUCGGUAUCGCGACAUAUCUUAUGCUUUUCUGGAAGGACAUGUUCGCCACUUCAUCCGUGAAGGAGCUGGAUGAAUCGCCAUGGAAAUCCUGGCCUCGUCCAUCUGGCUUCCUCGACCUUGGCUGUGGCAAUGGCUUGUUAACACAUAUUCUCUCGGCUGAGGGUUAUGCGGGAUACGGUAUCGAUCUCCGCGCACGGACUUCCUGGGCACAUUACCCCGACUCGUCACAGGCAGCCUUAAAAGUGCACGCACUUGACCCCACACAACUUCUUUCCCCAGGCAACAGCAACAGCAACGAUGAAGGGAAAUCCUUUUGGGGGCCCGGAGUAUUCCUCAUCGGGAACCACGCAGACGAACUGACACCAUGGCUUCCUGUACUGGCGACACUCACGGGUGCGAGUGGUUACCUCUCCAUACCCUGCUGUGCAUGGAUGUUCGAUGAGAGGUUUACUCGCUCGUCUGCGGCGUCAGCGCUCGAUUUCUCUGAGGAUGAAUUGCUUGACGCUGCCACUCCUGUGGGCACCCUGGCGUCCGAAGCCGAGGACGAAGCUAUUUUCAUUGCCAGCCUCGGUCUGGGCGCAGAGGGUACACAUAAGUCUCAAUAUUCAGCCUAUCGCAUAUGGCUUGCGCGUUUGAGCCGGUGGUUGGGCUGGAAGAUUGAGUGCGACACGCUUCGGAUUCCUAGUACACGGAACUGGGCGAUUGUAGGUCGUGAAAGGCUUCCGGGAGACCAAAGCAUUUUUGUAGAUCGAGCGAGAAGGAUUGUGGAGGACGUUGUCCGUAGAGGGGCAUUCAAGACACGGACACCAGAGGGGAAAGGACACGACGGGACGUCGUGACAGUAGUCACCCUUCUGGAUGACAUUUUCUCAAAACCAAGAUAAUAAUGAACCAUUAGAAUAAGUUACAUGAUAGCGAUC